AUGCAACGGAAGCGAGAAUUGGCGAAGAAGAAGUUCGAGGUCCUGAAGGAGAUGGCUGAUCUGGAAGGUAGUGGCGAAUCCGCUGUUGAUCAGCCGAAUGUCGUCAAUAAAGUUGAGCACUGGUUGAAGCGUCACAGCGAGAUCCGUGAAAAGGGCAAGCAGUCGUACAAAGAAGCCAGAGAUUAUGAUUCUGAAGACGGCGUGGAAACCGAGGCUUCGAGCGAAAUUUCAGCGUCUGGUAGCGAAUCAGAUAGUGAUGAAGAGAUGUCGACGGACAGCGGAGCGGAUCGAGAUGGUAGAGCAGAUGGAGCGCAAUCCGUCGGAGAGCUCGUAGGGCGAAGGCAUCUCAGGCCUAAAAUGACCUCGACCAGGAAGGUCCCGAAAGGUGGAAGUAGCAACCGAUCUGGAACGGAGCGACAACAAUCAUUGCAGAGUGACAGGAAGCUUUCGAAGGAUGAACUAGCAGCCCGUCAAGUUGUUCCUCGCGAACUGCCGAAGUUUAGCGGUAAUCCGGAGGAAUGGCCGAUGUUUGUGUCAACGUACGAAGAUACUUCAGCCAUGUGUGGAUACACGGACGCCGAAAACAUGAUUCGCCUCAGGAACUGUUUGAAGGGAGAUGCGUUCAACGCUGUCCGAAGUUUUUUGAUGCGGCCUGAAACCGUGGGAAGAGCGAUCAGUGCGUUGAAGCUGCGGUUUGGCAGACCGGAGACGAUUAUCGACUACUUGAAAGAGAAAAUAAUAGCAAUGCCGAUCAUCAAGCCGGACGCGAUGGACAAGCUGGUCGACUUUGCGCUGGAAGUUCAAAACCUCUGUGCUACGAUAGAAGCUUGCGGAGAGAAGCAGUACAUGUGUGAUACGACGUUGCUGAAGGAAUUCGAGAAGAAGUUGCCACCGCAAAUCAGACUGGACUGGGCCCGAUACAAGAGGAAGUUGCGGAAAACGAAGCUGUCCACGUUUAGCCGGUGGAUAUACAACCUGGCGGAGGAUGUGAACGUGGUCUUCGAACCGCAGUCCCGUGGAAACAAAACGCAGGAGUUCGCUAGAGGAGUUCGUAAGGAGAAGUACGUGAGCACCCACGCUGAAGUGCCGGUCACGGAUAGGUAUCAGCAAGCCCGCCAAACUCAGCAGUCAGCAGUCGUAGGGAGCGGAGAAUCGAAACCCUGCCCGGCCUGCAAGAGUGAUUGCAAGUGUCUGGCAAAAUGCAAGAGAUUCCUGGAUUUGUCGUACGAGGCGAAAUGGGCCACUGUUCGCGGCUUCAAUUGCUGUCGCAAAUGUCUUCGGCAACAUAAAGGUGGCUGCAAUUCCGGAGAAUGUGGAAAGAACGGUUGCACGUUCAAGCACCACGUAUUACUCCACAGAGACUUAGCCGUACCCGGCGCAUCGAGCAGUGUUACAUCCAACAGAUGUGGGUCUUCAAAGCAGAACGAAGAACGCAAUGUCAAUACGCACCAAUCAUCAACAGGUCCAGGAUCGUUCCGGUACCUGCCGGUAACUCUGUAUGGCGACGGAGUGCACGUGAGAUGUUACGCCUUUUUAGACGAUGGGUCAGAGUUGACACUCAUCGAUCAGCAGCUUGCAGAGGAUCUUAAGCUUUCUGGAGCAGUUCUGCCUCUCUGCCUGAAAUGGACGGGAGGUACCCACCGCUACGAAUCAGACUCACAGAGUAUCAACGUCGAAAUAUGCGGAAAGGAUGGAAAGCGGACGUUAUUGCAGGACGUGAGGACUGUCGAAGAGCUACAACUGCCGUACCAGUCACUAGAUAUGGACCAACUCUCAGAGCGGCACGGCUACCUGCGUGGUCUGCCCGUGGACUCGUAUUGUAACGUUCGUCCACGAAUACUGAUUGGAUUGAAGCAUGCCAACUUAAUGCUGGUGCGAAGGAGUCGUGAAGGCAAAAUUGGUGAGCCAAUCGCCGUCAAAACCAAUCUUGGCUGGACUGUAUACGGUGGCUGGGAAUCGCAGGACUCUUCGAGUACAGCGAGUCAUACGUACCACAUCUGCUCCUGCAACGAACCAGGCCUGACGCAUCUGAAUCAGAUGGUGAAAGAUUACUUCUCCAUGGAUAGUUUGGUAGUUCAACCGAGCCACGUUGGACGGCUUUCUAAGGACGAUGAACGCGCCAUAGCUCUUCUGGAAUCUCGCACUCACUUCAACGGAGAACGUUACGAAGCAAGCCUGUUAUGGCGGUCCGACAAAAUCCGUCUGCCGGACAACAAAGCAGUGGCAGUUCGUCGUUGGAGAUGCUUGGAAAAACGCAUGGAGAAGGACACGGAGUUAGCGAGCAUCCUGCAUGAAAAGAUUGCGGAAUACAGAUCGAAAAACUACAUCCGCAAGCUAACGUCGGAGGAGCUGUCAACAACAUACGAGCGGGUAUGGUACUUGCCUAUUUUUCCGGUAUACAAUCCGAAUAAGCCAGGCAAGGUUCGGAUUGUGUGGGACGCUGCCGCCCAAGCAUACGGGAUAUCACUGAAUUCGGUGCUCCUCACUGGCCCAGACCAGUUAGCGUCUCUUGUGGGCAUCCUGUACCAAUUCCGUGAGCAUCGAAUAGGCGUUUGUGCCGACAUCCGUGAGAUGUUCCAUCAGGUCGACAUCAAUCCUGAGGACCAGCAAUGUCAGCGUUUUCUUUGGCGUGACCGCGACGAACACGGUGAUCCAAGCAUCUACGUCAUGCAGGUAAUGACAUUCGGGGGGAGCUGUUCUCCUGCCACAGCCCAGUUUGUGAAGAACAAGAACGCCGAAAGAUUCGAAGAAGAAUAUCCAACAGCGGUAGCGGUCAUCAAAAAACGACACUACGUGGAUGACAUGGUUUUCAGCGUUGAAACGGAGCAAGAAGCAGCCUAG